AUGCAGCCUGCCCUCGCACCAGCACCGCAUCCAAGCAUGCAGUCCACCGCUCAGGACCACGCGGACCAAGUCCUUCAUGACCAGUUGCUAGCUGCUCAGCACCACCUGCCGGGUAGUCGCCCUCAGGGUGCCCCAGGCCAGCAGCAACACCUCCAGCCCAAUCAUGCUAGUCCACGGGAGCAGGCUAACAUUGACCCUGCCAUCUCAGGUGCCAUGUUGGGUACUCCUCAAACUCCCACACAGCCUCAAGGCUCCCCUCCCUCUGACGGUGGCUCCAAAAGCUAUGGUAAGCGUGAGCUAUCAACGUCCAAACGCGCUGCUCAAAAUCGCGCGGCCCAGCGUGCGUUCCGCCAGCGUAAGGAAACCUAUAUCCGCAAGCUGGAGGAAGAAGUCAAGAACAUCGAUCCUCUCAAGGAUCAGGUUAAGUCCCUCGUAGGCGAGAACUACCAACUUCGCGAGUAUAUCAUCAACCUGCAGUCGCGUCUCCUUGAAGCGCAGGGUGAGGUUCCCGAGCUUCCUGCAAACAUUGACCUAAGCCAACCACGAACCACUGAGAUGGCACUCGCAUCGGCCGGUGUUCAGAACUCCAGCCCAUCCGGCUCGGUCCCAUCUUCUGGACCUCAUCACCAGGGCUCUGUCUCGGAUGAUAUGAACUCUCUGAACCGUAUUGCGGCUGCCACCUUGGGCAUGCGUAAGCACAAUGACGAUGCCAGCUUCUUGAACAACACCUUCCAGCCGAACAAGCGCGUGCGCACUGAUGACAGCCAGGAUGGCUCUGAUGGUGUGACCAAGCAGGAGGUCUCUCAUGGUCUUCCCAUGGUGAACUAG